AUGAAACCCUUUUUAUUGGUUUUGCUUCUUGUUUUUAGUGGGUCAUUAGGGAAGGAGAUCACAGUCGGGAGUGACUAUGAAUGUGAAUGCUUGCAACUGAUGGUGCAAGAUGAUUGCAUAAAAUAAGGUUGUUAGUGGUAGGAUUAUGCAUGCAAAGUGAAGUUAAAAUAAGGAGCGGUACACGAUGGAGAGAGUGAAUCAUUUUGUUCUUAAUUUGAUAAAACUAAUUGUAGUAUUUAAUCGGGCUGUGCAUUUUUGGUGGACAAAUGUGUUGAAUUUAGUGCAUGUAGUAGUUAUUUAUAGAGCACAAAUGAAUUGUGUCAAAGCAUAUCUAAUAAGUGUAUUACAGACGGAGAGAAAUGUGUGGAAAUGAGUGCGUGUUCUGAGUAUAGGACAGCAAUAUCAUGCAGGAAAGAUACAGAAGGGAACUAUUGUUAUUGGGAAAAUGGUAGUUGUUCAAAGAGUUUAGAUUGUGGAUAAUUGCCAAAAUCAUUGAAGAGUGAUGCAGAGUGCAGAAGUGUGAACAGUGAGUGCACUGUAUCAUCAUAAGGUGGAUGUUAAUUGAGUGGAUUGAAUUGUUAUAAUUAGGAAGGGGAAUAACAGUGUGUUUGGGAUAGAUUCAUGCAGGGGAGAUGUAAUUGGAAUGGCAUAACUUGUGUUGAUAGAUCUUGUUAAUCUGCUCCAAUAAGUAUAAAGAGUAAUGAGGAAUGCAACUCUUAUUUAAAGGGAUGCAUCUUAACUGUUGGUGGAGGAUGUGUUGAGCUUGGAAAUUGUGUGGAUAUCACUAUAAGUGCAGCAUGCGUUAUUGAUAAGAAAGGUAAGCAGUGUUAUUGGAAGAAUGAUUAAUGUGUAGAAAAGGUUUGCAGCAAUGCAUCUGAAUUAAUAAGAACAUUUGAGGAAUGUUAAUAGUUUUUAAUUGGGUGUGUGCCUAGUUUGAAGGGUGGUUGUUAAACUUUUAAUAAAUGUGAAGACUUCAUUGAUAAAACAGGUUGUUAGAGUGGAUUAUUGCAGUGUUUUUGGAAUACGAAGUCAUGUGUUUAAUAUAGUUGUAUCAAUGCAGACAAAAAUUAUAAUACCCAUGAGAAAUGUUCAGAGUACAAAUCUGAUUGUACAGUGAAUACAUCAAAAAAUGGCUGUCAAGAUAGAACUUGUGAUAAUGCUCCAAAGGAAUUAAAAAGUAAUUAUGAUUGUGAAUUAUACAAAUCUGGUUGUAUAACCAAAGUUAAUGGGGGAUGCGUCAAGAAUUCUGAAUGCUCCUUAAUUACAAUGAAAGAAGCCUGUUUAUUAGAUUAAUAAGGGAGAGAGUGUUUUUGGUACUUAAAUUCCUGUAGAUUAAAAACAUGUACUAAUGCUCCAAAUGUUUACAACUCUCAUGAUCAAUGCCAAACUUAUUCCAAAAUUUGUACAGUAAAUAAAACAUUAAAUGGAUGUAUGGAUAUGACUUGUGAUGCUAUAUUCUAAAAGGAUAAUUGUGUUGUAGAUAAUUUAGGCAAUAAUUGUCAUUGGAUUGGCUUAUGUUUUGAUAAGACUUGUGAAAAUGCUCCAGUGAACAGCAGUUUUGUGACUAAUGCUUAAUGCAAGGCAUAUCUGAGUAAAUGUACAGUCAGAAACACUGGGAUGGGAUGUAUGGACAGACCUUAUCAAUGUGGAGAGAUGAAAAUAGCAGAAUAGUGUUUCACAAAUGCAUAUAAUGUUCAAUGUGAAUGGUAUUAAGAUUCAUGCAAGAAGAAGGAGUGUUACACAGCUUCAAGUUCACUGACAACAUAUGAAGAAUGUAAUUCGUAUUUGAUUGGUUGUACUACUACUGGAGGCGGUUGUUAACUAUUAAACACUUGUGAUCAAUAUUAGAACUCAAAUAGUUGUCGAUUUGAUAUAAAUAACGAUGUUUGUCAAUGGAACAAUGGAGUGUGUGCUAACAAGAGUUGUCAAACUGCUGACAAUACACAUACUACUAAUGAUUCGUGUAACACCUAUCUCACAGGUUGUAUUGUUAAUAAUGCUGGAGCUGGUUGUAUACCAAAACCAGCAAAUUGCUCAGAUAUGACCACUGCCACUUAAUGUACUGCUACUUCCACAAAUUUAUCAGGAGAUCCUUGUGCUUGGAUUGGAUCUUGUGUUGAUAGAACAUGUAGUAAUGCCCCUACAAGUACAGAUUAUGACACAUUUACAGAAUGCAAUAAUUUCUUGAAUACUUGCACGGUUGUUGCUACAGGUACAGGAGGAUGCAUGACUCUGUUAACAAGUUGCAGUUCAUAUACAUCUCAAAGACAAUGCGAAUAAAUUCUAAAUGGCAAUAAAUGUUCUUGGUAUUUAACCUCUUGUUUAGACAGGUAAUGUAUAUAUUCACCCGAUACUGCCAGCUAUGAUGAUAAAGAUGAAUGUCAUGGUUAUGAUAAUAGAUGCAAUGUAGUACGUAGAAUAGGUGGUACUGGUUGCACCAUAAGAAAAGCGACUUGCAAUGAAUUAUCCUAGAAUUAAUGCGUAAAGGAUAGUGCAGGCACUCUCUGUACUUGGAACACAUCUGCAAAUCCUCCUUAUUGUCUAAAUAGAACUUGUAGUUUGACUAUUGGAAUUACUAGUUUUACCCCUACAAAUUGUGCUAAUUGGUUGCCCACAUGUGUAGUUAAUAAUGUAUCAGUUCCUACUGGUUGUCUGGAAUUACAAUCCUCAUGUUCCUCCUAUUAAUAUCAAAAUAAUUGUACGUAUACUUCUACAAAUGUCCAAUGUUAUUGGAAUGGGUCUAGUUGUGUAAAUAGGACAUGUACAACCACUGAAGGAAUUACAGAUUUUGAUCAUUCAUCAUGUUAUGCAUGGAUGACUUCAUGCACAGUAAAUAAGCCAACAACCUGUGCAGCUAAACCAACUAAUUGUUCUGAUGCUUUGAAUUAUGAUCAGUGUUACAAGAAUAUAUCUAAUCAGUUAUGUGCUUGGGUCGAUACCUCAUGUGUAGACAGAACAUGCAAUAAUCAUGGAUAUGCCGUGACUGAAUUUACUGAUGCCAAUUGCUCAGGAUGGAUGCCAGGAUGUUCUGGCAAUCCUGGUCAAACUGCCUGUGAGAUUACAAGAACAUGUACCAAUCAUGGUUCAAAUGUGACUACAUUUACACAUAGUGAUUGCUCUGAUUGGUCUCCUCUUUGUACAGUAAACUCUACUAAUGAUGCAUGUAUCGACAGAACUUGCAAGAAUUACGGAUCCAAUGUUACUGAUUUCACUAAUGCCAACUGUAGCACAUGGUUAUUCAAGUGCCAGUCAAAUGAUGAUCAUACAGCUUGUGUCAGUAGUAGAACAUGCACUAAUUAUGGUACAGCGAUAACAGUAUUCAAUUACAAUAAUUGUAACGCAUGGUGGGAUGAAUGCACAGUAUCAGGUUCUGCUUGUACUUAAAAGACUUGUUACAAUCAUUCAAUAACAGACUUUAGUCAUACAAAUUGCAACAAUUGGUAUUAUCUUUGUACUGUCUCCGUGGAUUAAUUAAGUUGUUAACCCAAGACAUGCGCGAAUGCCAAACUAGGAACUUAUUCUUCAAAUACUUGUUACUAGUGGUUAAAUACUUGUACUGUUAAUUCUGACAAUACAGCUUGUGUAUCUAAGAGAACAUGUGCCUUGACUGAUUUAACAACAUUCAAUUAUACAAAUUGUGUUGGUUGGUUUAAUGAAUGCACUUACACAACUGCAGGAUAAUGUAAUGACAAGACCUGUAUCAAUCACAGUACCAAUGUGAGUGUCCAAUCUCAUUUAAAUUGUGAGGCUUGGUUAUAGAGAUGCACAUAUGUUUCAGGUUCUUUGUGUGCAGAUAAGACUUGCUAUAAUUAUAAUGAUUUUGUCUACACAUAAGAUCAUGCUAGUUGCAAUAAAUGGUUGGGCAUUUGCACCUCCAAUGGAACCACUUGUGAGGCCAAGACUUGUACCAAUCAUGGAAGCAAUGUGACUGUUUUCAGCAAUGCCAAUUGCAAGUCAUGGUUGAGUUACUGUUAAGUAAAUGUGAGUGGUACUGCAUGUGAGAAUAUGAGAGGAUGUUCCCCAAUUUUGUCCACUUAUACUCAUGUCACAUGUGAGAGUUACAAUUAUCUAUGCACUAAUAAUGGUUCAUCAGCAUGCAAAUUGAAAUCUUGUACUGAUACUUAACUUGUAACUUACACCUUUGAAUUUUGUUAAGGUUAUCUAUCAGAUUGCACAGUCAAAUCUCAAUUCAACGGUUGUGAACAAAAGAGUUGUUACAAUCAUAGUGUCUAAGUUAGUUAAUUGAGUCACGCUAAUUGUUAGACAUGGUUAUCCAAUUGCACUUACACAGGAUCUUCUAGGACUUGUAUUCCCAAAUCCUGUACCAAUCAUGGAACUAAUGUGACUGUAUUCAAUAAUACAAAUUGUUAAGCUUGGUGGAGUGCAUGCGUUGCUAACUCCUCUGGUACUGCUUGUGUUAAUAUCCGUACUUGUACUAGUACUUCUUUGACAACUUACACUCAUUAAAAUUGUGAAAACUGGUUAUCCACAUGCACAUACUCAAGUACAACAAGUUGUUAAGAUAAAACUUGUACAUUGGCUACAACAUAUUUGAUAGCUUUUGAUCCAAUCACAUGUGAAACUUGGUUGAAUACAUGUACUAGCGAUGUUGCUCAAAGUUCAUGUAUAAGUAAAACAUGUUAUAAUCAUGGAGAUUAAGUAACCUCAUACUCAAAUGCGAAUUGUAGUGCUUGGUUGUCAUAUUGUGUUGCAAAUUCUACUAAUUCUGGUUGUAUCGAAAAUAAAACCUGUAGUAAUGCAGUAGUUACUUCAUAUAGUAAUACAAAUUGUAGUGCUUGGCUAUCCACUUGCACUGUCAAUACUACCUUUGAUGGUUGUAUUGAAAAGACUUGUUAUAAUUAUGGACAAAGUAUAUCGAGUUUUUCGCAUACUAAUUGCAAUAAUUGGCUGUCUUCCUGCACUAAUCUAUCAAAUACAGGGUGUCAAGAUAAAACAUGUAGCAACAUAACCCCUGCUACAUUUACUUCAGCCAGUUGUAAUACUUGGUUAUCUUACUGUACAGGUAAUGAUACCUAAACUGCUUGUGUUAGUACUAAAACAUGUACUAAUUAUGGAAACAACAUUAAGGUAUUAAAUCACACAAACUGUAAUAAUUGGCUUUCUUCUUGUACUAUUAAUAGUGCAGGUACUUCAUGUGAAGACAAAUCCUGUUCAAAUGCUUCUCCUACCUUAUUAUCAUUUGGACCAUACAAUGAUUCAACUUGUAAUGGUUGGUUAUCAACUUGUACUGUCAAUACCACUUUCGAUGGUUGUAUCACUCGAACAUGUAGUAAUAUACCUUCUUAUAUUACUAAAAACACUUCGAAUUGCCAAUCUUGGAGUUCUUUAUGCACUUACAAUUCAUCCAGUCAAUUAUGCGAAGAUAGAACUUGCACAAAUCACGAUGCUUUGACUCUUAAUGCAUCAAACUGUUCAAGUUGGUUGAGUACUUGUUCAUUCUAUUCAAACAGCUCCGAUUGUGAAUCAAUAAGGACAUGCUCCAAUUUUGGAGGUUCUGUAUCUCAUAGUAAUUGUGAAUAAUGGUUAUCCACAUGUACUAGAAAGACUGACAAUUCAGGUUGCACCUAUAAACUAUGUGAAAUGUAUACCACUGUGAUUGGAACCCCAACUUCUGAAUCAGAUUGUGAGACAUAUCUCUCAUCUUGCAAGUACGAUAGUUCUAAUGGAAUAUGUGUUGAGAAGACUUGUACUAAUUUCUCAGGAACAAUCAAUUAAGCUAAUUGUGAGGCUUGGUCAUCUAGAUGUACUAUCAAUUCUUCUUAUAAUGGAUGUACUUUCAAGACUAGUUCUAAUGCUAUCUCAUCUCUUAUCUACACAGAGAGUAAUUGUAAGAAAUGGUCUGAAGCUUGGUCGUUGAAAUCUACUAACAAUCAAUGUGUAAGUAAUUGUAAUAAUAAUGGAUUACACUUUUCAGUUUUUAGCCAUGCAAAUUGUGUUGCGUGGGACCCCAAUUGCACUGUUAAUUCUAAUAAUACAAAUUGCGCUCCAAAGACUUGUGCCAAUUUUACUGGAACUAUAAACCAUUCCAAUUGUUAAACUUGGUUAUCGUCUUGCACUGCAAUGUACGAUAAUUCUAAAUGCAUUGAUAAGACUUGUAAUAAUCAAAAUCAAAAUAUCGGUACAUGCUUUAAUGAUUCUGCGUGUUAAGGAUUCAGAUCUGAUUGCUAUUAUCAAUAAUGUACCGGUUGCAAAAUCAAAACUUGCUAUGAUUUCACAGAUUCUACUCUUACUACUUGUUAAACUAGAUAUUCUCAUUGUUUACUUGGAUAAUUGAGUUGUAUCACGCACAGAACAUGCUCGAAUUAUGGAUCAAACAUAACAACAUUCAAUCAUCUUAAUUGCGAAAAUUGGUUGUCAAGCUGCACAGUCAAUGAUUCUGGUACUGGUUGUACUGAAAAAACCUGUUACAAUGCAAGUAUCACAACUGAAUUAAAAAAUGGGUAUAGUACGCCUAGUUAAAUUACAGAUGGAUAAUGUGUAUCUUGGAAUUAUUUAUGUACAAAUGAUAGUACUACAGGAUGCAAAAAUAGAUAAUGUUCAGAUUCAGGGGCAUGGUCAUCAUGUUCAUAAUAUCUAAAUUCAUGCAAACAAGUUACUACUUUUGGUUAUUGUGAUUAUAAGACUUGCGGGAGUUCAACAUCUUAUUCCUCUGUAGCAAAUUGCCAGAGUUGGCUAUCGCAUUGCACAAGAAGUUAAAGUUAGAGAGGCUGCCAUUCAUAAAGAACAUGCAGUGAUUAUGGAGAUAAUAUUAAGAUCUUCAACCACAUUAAUUGUGAGCAAUGGAAUCCCUUGUGCACAGUCAAUGGAACAAAUGAUGGAUGCAUUUAUAAGACAUGCUUCAAUCAUGGUAUGACAACAACAACUAAUUAAAAAUGUGGGUAAUGGUUAACAAUUUGUAAAGUAAACGCAAGUUCAAAUGGAUGUGAACUUAAAACUUGCACUAAUUAUCGUAGUGUAUUUACAAGUUCAUUUAGUAGUUAUUGUGUUUCAUGGAUUGGCAAUUAAUGUACAUAUAACUCUUCAGGUUGUCUGCCUUAAAGAACAUGUUUAUAAAGUUACAAUGGAUACAAUAUUAGAUAUGAUUAAUACUAUUGUUAGGAUUGGCUCACUACAUGUACACCCAAUGCCUCUUCAACUGGAUGUAUCUCCAAGACUUGCACAAAUCAUGGAUCUGCAGUCACAACCUUCAAUCACUCAAACUGUUACAAUUGGUAUGAUAUUUGUACUAAUGAUAAUGCUACAGGGUGCAUGAAUAAAACAUGUCAAAAUCAUGGUGCAAAUGUGAGCACCCCAAGUCAUACGAAUUGCUAAACUUGGUUGCCAUAAUGCACAUUUUAAGCAAGUGAAACCACUUGCAAUUAUAAAACAUGCACAAACUAUUAACCGAUGGGAUUAUCAGCAACUAACUGUUUCAAUUGGAAUAAUCAAUGCACAUAUUUAGUCUAUGAUUGUGAAUAUAAGACAUGUGACAAUUAUUCAGGAUCAAUCACAGAAUCCUUAUGUAGAGCUUGGUUACCUUAUUGCACUCCAAACUAUUCAGCCACUAAAUGUGUAAGUACCAGAAAUUGUAGCAAUUAUGGCAAUUAGAUUACAUAAUUUAACCUCCAAACCUGUUAAAAUUGGUUGCCAUCUUGCACAGUGAAUAAUACAAAUGAUGGUUGCAUGCUCAAGACUUGUGAUAACUAUGGAUCAUAAUUAAGUACUUUUACUAAGAUAACUUGUUCUGGAUGGCUACCUACUUGUACCAAUAAUUCAACCACAAAGUGUGAAAUGAAACAUUGCACUAAUUAUCCUUCUGGCUUUACUGUCAAUAGUACUAACUGCAGUAAUUGGUUUAGUUAUUGUAAAUUAACACCAACAAGCACUAAUUGUGAAUAUAAGACUUGCAGUAAUCAUGGGUUAAGUACUUUUAAUCAUACAAAUUGCUCAAAUUGGCUAUAUUAUUGCACAGUAUCCGAUGAUGGUACAUCCUGUGUGACAAGUAGAACUUGCACUAAUCAUGGAAGUUAAGUGACUGUAUUCAAUCAUAGUAAUUGUUAAUUCUGGUUGUCUACAUGUACAAUUAAUUCAGGAUCAACUGCAUGUGAAUCCAAAACAUGUACAAAUCAUGGGUCUUUUGUGACAGCAUUCAAUCAUAAUAAUUGUUAAAAUUGGAACUUUGAUUGUACUGUGAAUACAGGUAGUACUGCAUGUACUGCUAAGACUUGUGCUAAUGCAACUGGAAUCACAUUUAAUCAUGCAAAUUGUUAAACUUGGUUAUCAACAUGCACUGUAAAUUCAGACAAUACUGCAUGCAUUGAUAAGACUUGCUCAAAUACAACAGGUAUCAGUACUUGGACUCAUGGUAAUUGUGAAAAAUGGUUACCUCAAUGUUAAUUAAAUAAACCAACAACUUGCACUGCAUUAUAAUCAAAUUGUAGUAAUGCAGGGGUAUCAUAUAAUCAAUGUGUAAUUGACAGUGGUAAGUAUAAGUGUGCUUGGUAUAAUGGUACUUGCUUAAGAAGGACUUGUAGCAAUUAUACAGGAAAUACAUUCACACAUACUGAUUGUCAGACUUGGUUAGAAACUUGCACUGUUGAAUCAGGUGCAACACCCAAUAAUUGUGUAAAUAAACCUACAAAUUGCACAGAUUAAGGAGUGACUUAGGAUCAAUGUGUAACGAAUAUUAGUUUAGUGAAUUGUGUAUGGUUAUCAGGAUAAUGCCAGGAUCGAACAUGUGCUAAUUACACUGGUGCAACAUUUACACAUUCUGAUUGCUAAACUUGGUUAUCAACAUGCACAGUAGAUGCAUUAAAUGUGCAUGCAGGUUGUGUAAUUAAGCCUUAGAAAUGUUCUAUGAUGUCCAAUUAAGACUAAUGUAUCAAAAGUUAAGAUGACACUGUUUGCUUUUGGACUGGUACUUAAUGUAAGGAUAGAGUUUGCGAGGAUGCUACUCAGAAUGCAAGUUUUGAUGAUGAUACUGAAUGCAAGACAUUUUUGUAAACUUGUACAGUAGCUCGAAUUGGUGAAUGUAUCACUAAGGCUGCUAAAUGUUCUGAUUACAUAUAGGAGUCUCAUUGUUUCAAGAAUUCUGCUCAGGGAGUAUGUUUUUGGAAUGUGGACAUCAGUAAAUGUGCUGAUAUUAAAUGUUCAAAUGCUCCAACAAGUUAUACAACCCAUACUUAAUGUAAUGGGUUUUUGAAUACUUGUACAGCCAAGUAAGGUGGAGGUUGUAUGACAUUGAAUGGAUGUCUGAAUUACUCAGCAGAAUUGUCUUGUGUUAUUGGUUCCAAUGGUGAUGUGUGUGCAUGGAGUGGUGGAAGAUGCUAUGUAAAGUCAUGUUACACUGCAGCAUAUGAUAGUACAAGAGACACUCAUGUGGAAUGUCAAGCUUAUCUGAGUGAUUGCACAGUCAUCGAUUCAGGUAUUGGAGGGUGUGUUCCUUUGUAAGAUUGUGCCACCUAUAUCAGUGAACGUUAAUGUGUCAUCAACAAUAUGUAUCUGCCAUGUGGUUGGGAUGGAACUAGAUGUAUGAAUAAGUCAUGUUAGACUGCUCCAAAGUCAUAUACUCAACAUGAGGAAUGUGAAUCUUAUCUCAAUGAAUGCACUACUGUUGCUAUUGGAAAUGGUUGUUAAUUCAAAAGCACUUAUUGUGAACAAUAUCAAACUGAGAAGCAGUGCGUUAUCACCAUUUCCAAUCAAUCUUGCUAUUGGAAUCCAAAGACUAAUUCAUGUUAGGUUAGAUCUUGUUAAAAUGCUCCAGACACUGCUAUAACUGCUCAAUUAUGUGAACAACAUUAUCAAUUCUGUUAUACUGAUUAUGUCUAUUGUAGACUUCAAAAGUGUGGUGAUUUAAUAUACAAGACUAAUGAUGAAUGCAAGAAAUACAAUUCCAAUUGUACAUCAGAUGGAAAGACUUGUAUUGAUAGAAAAUAAUGUAUUGAAGCUCGUGUUCAAGAGGCUUGCAAUACAGAUAUCAAUGGAAAUGAAUGCCAAUGGAAUUUCAAAUAUUCUUAUUGCAAUGCCAAGUCAUGCGCUACUGCACCAGAAUACAACACUACCGAAAGGGAUUGCUAAGAAUAUUAUCCUAAAGGUAAUUGUACUACAAGAUUGGGAGGAGGUUGCACUUAAAAAUCAACUUGUGAAAAUGCACAAUUAUAAGCAGCAUGUACAACAUCGGCUGAUAAUAAAUUAUGUAUUUGGGAUUCAUUUAAAUGCAGAGAGUAAAUUUGUGAUGACAUUCAAGGGACUUCUGAGAAAGAAUGUGCUCUCUACAAUUGUGCAUUUUAGAAUUCUUCCAUUUUUGGUGUCAAAUGUACAACCAAGAAGAAAUGCUCAGAAUUCAUUACAGAAGACAUUUGUCUUAAAGGUAUUGAUGGUAUCUGCAAAUGGCUAAAUAGCACUUGUUAUCUGUACACAGGUUGUAAUACCAUAUCAAGUUCAUAUGAUUCAACUUGCAAAUCUUUAUCUAAGAAUUGCACUACUGAUGGUAAUAAAUGUGUUGGAUUAAGUAAAUGUGCUGAUUACACACUUCAAUAAGCCUGCGUUAUUGGUUUAGAUGGAGACUGCAUUUGGUGGGAAAGUCUAGGUGCAUGCAAAAGAUUCUUGGCCUGCUAUGAUUUACCAUACUUAACCCAUUAGCAAUGUUAUUCAACCUCCUCGAAAUGCACAACAGAUGCAGAGAACGGAUGCAUUCCAUUGUUGUUGUGUUCAUCAUAUAAAUAGAAGGAACAAUGCAAAAUAAGCUCGAAUGGAAAGGUCAUAAAAUCAAACUCAAAUUAGAAGUACAUAACUCAAACUGGAAUUUGUACUUGGGAUGCUGACCAAAAUGAAUGCAAAGAUCAAUCAUGUGAAUAAUUGGUUGGGGAAACUCAUGAGGCUUGCAGUGCUCAAUUGUACGGAUGCACUUCUGAUUCAUCAAGAUGUGUGACUAUUAAAGCAUGCGAGGAUUAUAUUGAUGAACAAACAUGUUUACAUGCUCAAAGUAGUAAUGGCAAAUGCGUUUAUUAGACCAAAUAAUGUAAGACUAUUUCCUGUAGUGACAUACCUUAUGGUUACACUCAUGAGACCUGUUUGAAACAAUUGCCAAACUGUAUUUCAGAUGGUCAAUUGUGUAUAGCUAUUGAUGUCUGUGCCAAUUAUGAGAAUAAAUUUUCAUGUAACUAUGGUGGUCUAGAUGGAACUUGUGCUUGGGAUGGUCUUUAAUGUCUUAAGGUCCUGGAAUGCUCUGAUAGUAAUCUAGAUAAAUAGAUAUGCCAAUCGUUAUCAGAGAAAUGCAAAUGGAUCGAAAAUCCCUAGAUCACCUCUGAUACAUCUUGUCUUUCAUUAGAGUGCGAAGACCUCCAGGAUAGAGAAUGCCAUAAUAUUUAUAGUAUGGAUGCUACCACUAUCAAACUCUGUGUUUCUAAGGAUGGCAAAUGUGUGGAGACCAAUCCAGAGGGUUACGAUCAAUAAUCCUGCAGAGCAAAUACCUUGAAUACUUUUUAUUGGAAUACUACAACAUCGAAAUGCACUCAAUGUAGUAAUAGUAUCAAUAUAUAAACUGAUAUUAAAACAAAUCAUGGAGCAACACUAAUGAUAGUAUUAGUUAUUAUAUUGUUCUGA